AAUGAUCGUAUAGAAACUGGAUUUUGAGCGUCUAGUCUUCUGACGGUGGAUUUGUUUCAGACUGUGGUUGAGAUUCCAGUGCUGUGAAAAUACAGUAGGCUCCAGUAGAUCUUUAGGAAGCACAGUGAGAAAAAUGUUUUCACUUUCAAGCGUGAAUGUAUGAAGAGAAAGAAGGAGGGUGAGCAACAUAAUUUCACUCAAACUGCUAAUGGAUAAGGAAACUGUCUUUAAAGUGGAUUAUUUAUUUUUUUUAAAUCCAUUCUAACGUUGAUAUUUUAAAAAUACAGAGACGUUUGACUCAUCCUAUACUCGCAGACUGCCCCCACCGUGUGGCCUCCUCAUCGCCGCUAACAAAUCUUAGUUAUUUUUGUUUAAUUGAAGUCUUCUGAGAGGGUGUUUGGAAAUUUCAAAAUGCCUUGUGCUAUUUGUGGGAUUUACCCUCCUCCUCUGCCUCCUCCUCCUCCUCCUCCUCCUCCUCCGGCGUGUUCUUCCUCUUCGGUCCCUCAAGUCACCUGACCGAACGCCAUGCAAAUCACUCUGCUGCUGGAGCCUCAUUGGCCGUUUGUGGCUCAUUUAACCGCUGUCAGUGCGCAUCAUAUGGCCGCCGCUUAAACCAACUUCUCAACUCCGACAUAGGCAAAGUGGCUCCAAAUGCGCAUUCUGUCACAGUGGACGCGAACCAACCCGGGCGAAGACGAGGCGAAAUACUGGUUGGAAAACAUUUUAUAUCCCUUCUCGGAUUAAUUUUUAUUCCGUGUUCGAUUAAUUUGGGGUUAGAAUCUCAAUCUUGCGACCCAGUCGACCUGUGCGCGCCCGAUCCGUGUGCGCGCCUCCACCUGCCUUCAAAUAAGACUUUUUUCUUUGUUGGUGGCGAACUUUUAAAACCGGGUGAAUGUAUAGCAUGAUGAUGGAAACCGACCUCCACUCCCCCGGCCCCCAAACGAACACGACCACGGGGCAGACGGGGCCGAACAGCGCGUCCAAGGCGAACCAGGAGCGGGUGAAGAGACCGAUGAACGCCUUCAUGGUGUGGUCCCGCGGGCAGCGGAGGAAGAUGGCACAGGAGAACCCCAAGAUGCACAACUCCGAGAUCAGCAAGCGGCUGGGCGCCGAGUGGAAGGUAAUGUCCGAGGCGGAGAAGCGUCCGUUCAUCGACGAGGCCAAGCGUUUGCGGGCCAUGCACAUGAAGGAGCAUCCGGAUUACAAGUACCGGCCAAGACGGAAGACCAAGACGCUGCUGAAAAAGGACAAAUAUUCCCUGGCCGGUGGACUGCUUUCUGGGCCCAGCGGCGGCGGAGUUGGUUUAGGGGUCGGCAUGGGUUCGUCGGGGGUCGGACAGAGGUUAGAGAGCCCCGGGGGCCACGGCGGCUCGGCCGGCUCCGGCUACGCGCACAUGAACGGCUGGGCGAACGGCGCGUACUCGGGGCAGGUGGCGGCGGCGGCGGCGGCCGCGGCGAUGAUGCAGGAGGCGCAGCUCGCCUACAGCCAGCACCCGGGCAGCGGGGCGCACCACCACCACCACUCGCACCACCACCACUCGCACAACCCGCAGCCCAUGCACCGCUACGACAUGAGCGCGCUGCAGUACAGCCCCAUCUCGAACUCUCAGAGCUACAUGAACGCUUCCCCCUCCGGCUACGGCGGGAUCACCUACACACAGCACCAGGGCUCCGGCGUCUCCUCCUCGACCGCCAUGGGGACGUUAGGGUCGCUGGUGAAAUCGGAGCCGAGUAUUUCUCCGUUGUUGGAAUAGCAUCUGAUCCGGAGCUUUCUGGUAAGAGCGGAGUGUCCACCGGCGGACACGGAUCACCGUGGGGGGACUGUGAUUCGCAGAUAGCGCGUCGCCUCCUCGGCGAGCGGGCCAUCAUUACGACGAGCGCUGGGAGACGGGUGCAAGUGGGCAAAGAGACCUUUUGGAAAAUGUCAGCAAAAGUCAGAGCCCUAAAUUUGUUCCAUUCGCUCUUUCGCCUGCGAUGCUUUUAUUCGGUAAACCCCUUAUUAUUUUUAUUACUAUUACUAUUAUUAUCCUUACUAUUAUUACUAUUAUCCAAUGUUUUGUAUCUUAGUACAGUGUCACAUUUCAGAGCUUGUGGAUUUUUCUUUCUUACCAAAAGAUCGAAUGCAACAAAAAACAAAAAACAACACCAGCUCUGUAUUUCACCCAAUCUCAACCACACAAAACAAAAAAAAACGAAACACAUAAACAAACUGCAGUGUCUGCAGCAGCUCUCCUUUCCCCAUUCUGCUUCGCUGGAGCCAGCUCCGCCGUCUUAAUAUCCUUAUCCCCUCAGUUGGCAUGUUUUCCCAUGAACCCCGCUGCAUUUUCAGAUUUGUAAAAUCCGUCAAAUGCCUGUAAUGAAUAUUUCUACAGCCUUGAGUGUGUUUAAUGUGCUGUGUGACCGGCCCCAGUAGGAGACGGUUUCCACAGAUCUGGCACUCGGACCAGAAGAUAAUUGGACAGAGGCCUCAGUCAGUGUGGAAACGAACGGUUGAGACCUCUGGUCUUUUAUCGAGAGAGUAAGAUAUAAGAAUAAACAUUUAUUAUUCAGAUGUGUUCUUAGUUUCCUAUUAACAUAUUUCCUGUGCAUGGGUUUACUUUGUUCUUCUUUUUUUUUUUGAAAAUGAAACUAUAAUCUCAGCUUUCUUGGUGGUUUGAAUGUCAUCCUUCCCUCUACAGUCGUAUUCUACAGUCUGUUUUGUUUGUCGUCUUGAAACAGCUUUUUCUGGAGAAAAAAAAAAAGAGAGAGACUACGUAUUAAAUAAACUCCUGCAUCUUAUCACCGCAAA